GGGCAGGCUUUCAAGGCAAAUAUAGAUAUCCACCCAAAUUUCCAAUUGGUUUCAACUUGCAACAGAACUCUAGUACUCUCUGGUUAGUGAAAACUGAAAACAAUGGCUGCUGUAAGGAGUCUUUUCAAGAAGAGAUCAAUCGCUUCUACUACAAGAUUGUUCUCCACCCAAGUUGCCUCUGAUUCUUCUUCUUCUUCUUCUUCAUUAUUCUCUCAAAGAAUCAGAGAUCUCCCAAAAGAGUUUCCCGCCACCAACAUCAAGAGAGAAGUUUCCCAUCUUGUUGGAAGAACUCCACUUGUUUAUCUAAACAAGGUUACUGAAGGAUGUGGAGCUUAUGUUGCUGUCAAGCAAGAGAUGAUGCAACCCACUGCUAGCAUCAAAGACCGACCAGCAGUUGCCAUGAUAAAUGAUGCAGAAAAGAAGAACUUAAUCACUCCCGGAAAGACGACAUUGAUAGAGCCCACAUCUGGAAAUAUGGGGAUUAGUAUGGCUUUCAUGGCUGCCAUGAAAGGUUACAAGAUGGUUCUAACCAUGCCUUCUUACACAAGCUUGGAGAGAAGAGUGACGAUGAGAGCAUUUGGAGCUGAUUUGAUCCUCACUGACCCGACUAAAGGGAUGGGCGGAACAGUCAAGAAGGCCUAUGCCCUCUUGGAAUCCACACCAAAUGCAUUUAUGCUACAACAGUUUUCAAAUCCUGCUAACACGCAGAUUCAUUUUGAAACAACUGGACCUGAAAUUUGGGAGGACACCCUUGGAAAAGUUGACAUCUUCGUGAUGGGAAUAGGUAGUGGAGGCACAGUCUCCGGUGUUGGCCAGUAUCUUAAGUCACAAAAUCCUAAUGUCAAGAUAUAUGGAGUGGAGCCUGCAGAAAGUAAUGUACUAAAUGGUGGGAAACCAGGUCCACACCAAAUCACGGGCAAUGGCGUUGGGUUCAAACCAGAUAUAUUGGACAUGGAUGUGAUGGAAAAGGUUCUUGAGGUUAGCAGUAAUGAUGCAGUAAAAAUGGCCAGGGAACUUGCGGUAAAGGAAGGUCUCCUGGUAGGGAUAUCAUCUGGAGCCAAUACAGUUGCUGCGCUCCAACUUGCCAAGAUGCCUGAGAACAAAGGAAAACUUAUUGUGACCAUUCAUCCGAGUUUCGGGGAGCGAUACCUUUCAUCUGUCCUGUUUGAAGAGUUGAGGAAAGAGGCACAGAACAUGCAACCAGUCUCAGUAGACUAAAGAAGAGCUCUCUCUGAUAAAUUUUUAUGUAACAUUAGUAAACAUGUUGCUUUAAAAAUAACUUUUGUUGUGAGAAUAAGAAUUAACAGUCCUGUAAUUGAGGGUUUCCUCAGCAUUUCUUUGGUGAAUGUAAAUUAUUGCAGCAGUCAUUCUACA